AAGAAAUCCACAAAUCCAUAUUUAACUCUUAGCAUUGUGGAUUAUGAUAUCUGUUUUUGCAGCAGGGAUUAACUUCAAACAGCGGUAGAAGUGUAAGAUAUGUGAUCUUCUCACCUGUGUAGGCAAAGCUUGUGGUGGAAGGCCUCUGAAAACAAAGCAUUUGAAGAACUCUGAAACAGAACAAGUAAACAAUUCAACUCAGUGCAAGUAAAGUUUUUUUUUUGUUUUUUUGUUUGUUUGUUUUAAUUUAGUGAAUUUUUCUUCCAAAUGCUACAACUCCUUAUGAUGAUUGGAAACAACCUUUAAAUUAUCGUAGGAAUAGAUUGUGUAUAUUCUAUUAUCUUACAUGCUGGGAUCAGGAGCUUUACCUGAAACAUAUUGGUUCAUAUUCAUUGAUGCAAGUUUUUAAUUGCAAAAUGUAAGUUGUGUCAAAUGUUAAAAUGUUUGAUCAUAAUUUUAACACAUUUCAUAAAAUUAAAUUCAUUUGUUAUCCAUAAAGAGGCACACCCAAAGGAAAAGUUAUAACAAAUGUAUGUUUCUUUGUUAAAAAAUAACCAGAUUCGUAUGAUGGGCCUGUGGGCCAUCAUGGCAGAGUAUUCCUGGACCACUAACUGGGCCAACCUACCUGAUUUUGAUUUUGAUUUUGAUACCCAAAAGUCCAAAACUCAUCAACUACCAAAAAGGCAAAAACAAUUAAACAAUACGGAGUAAAAAGUUAUUCAAUGGCGGAAAACAUUUUUAAAAAUGGCGCCAAACAUUUUUAAAAAUGGCGCCAAACAUAAAACCCUUUCAUUUUCAUAAUUUAGUACAAUUGUACAGCAGAAAAACCCAGAAUUCCGGAGAACUGAAGAAUUGGGGGUGAUCUUGUCAAUUCGAGUACUGUUGAUACCAAAAUCUGGUUUGUGAUGGUAAUACGGAGUACAAAAAUACGAGUAGGAAAUAAUCCUAUUCUACCUAAAGUUCUUAACCCCUCAAAAAAAAUCUUUUUAUUUUGCUAGUUUAAACCUAAAAUUCCACAAGUCCACACCUAUAUAUAAACAACGAAAUUACAAAUUGUAACGAACUCAAACCCAGUUAACGAAACCAAAUGCCUUGUUCAACACCUGAGAAAACAUCAAACAGGUGAAAAACAAUGCGAAGAGACAACAUUGUAGGAUUGAUUGGUCGGUCAAGAAUUACUAUCAGAGAUUUCCGAUAACUUCAAAUCCAGAUAGACCGCUGCGAAUUCCGGGUAGUUUGCAAGCAAUGGCGCUCAUCUGCCCCGGUUUCCAGUCACCUAUUGGACAACCAAUUACCCCGCCAAAUCUCAACUGACCCCACCAUUUUUAAGCAAUCAAAUUCCCUGUUUUGCUGAUAAGAAGUGCCCUGUAUCUCCUUCAACCCCUUGAUCAGACCCCAACCAAAGCUAAUUAUGUCAAACCAUGGUUAAUCUCAGUUGAGGAGUUAAACCCGGGUAAACUCCAUCCUCGCUUUCCUCUCACUAAAACCCCUUUUGAUCAUCUACCCCUGAAUUUCCCAGACACCUUGGAUUUGUCAAAUUUGCGAGUUUCAGUAAUCAGUGAAGUGCUUAAACUCUGUUUUGCUAAUGGUCAAGAAAACGUAUUAAUUAUUAAUGGGUGUUGUAGUUGUUCUAUGAAGAUUAUUUUACUGUCUCACAACAAUAAUGUAGAUAUAAUAUUUUCCCUUGAUAAAAUUGGGAAUUUGGUCUGUUUUGAACUAGGGAGUGGACAACGAAGAAGUAUAAACAUUGUAAAUUUAAAAGGGAAAGUUUGUGCUAUUGAUCGUUUCGGAAAAGCUUAUCUAAUUAAUGGUUGUGAAUCAAGUAUGAUGAGUACUGUCAUAUCUUGGCCAAUCCCAACAGGUUAUAACGAGGGAAGUGAACGGCAUAAGCUUUUGGUGGAGUCGUUUGGGGAACUGUAUUUGAUUCAUCGGCCAUACGGAGAUUAUUUCCAGGUUUACAACCUUGAUUUUGAGGAGAAAGUGUGGAAUAAGGUUGAUAGUUUUAGAGAUAGAAUACUGUUAGUUACCUUUGAUAAUUGCUUCUUUGUUGAUUCUGAAAGUUUACCUGGGUUUGGAGGGAAUUAUAUUAUGUUCCCUAAGAAUCGUUUCCCUACCUACCAUUCUGGAUGGUGUUAUCCUGAUGAUUUAGUGUUUCUAAAAGCAAAUAAGUACCUUGAGAUUGCUGUAGUCUAUUUACAUGAAGGUGUUUUUCCGGGUCGGGUUAUAUCAUCUUACCCGGGCUUGUCUGAUUUUUUCUGGCCACCUCCUUCUUGGGCUAAACCUGGUUUUCCCUCCUUUGCUAGAAUUUUAUCUGGAUUAUACGAGAAGGUGAAAGAGAGAGCCCCUCGUAAGCUCAGAUAUGUCUCCUACCUCUUUGCAUGAGGCACGAGUCAUGGAAAUUGACAAAUGGCCAUGGAGGUAAUAAAGCUUCACUUUCAUGGAAUUUGCAUUUCAAGGAACAGAUGUCUGUUAUGCUAAGUAUAUGUCCUGUAACUGACAGUUGGUACAGUUAAAUGCUAACCAGUACUUGUUUAACAGAAACCUGCUGGCUUCUAUGAUACAAUCUUUCAGCUACAAAACUUCUUCUUUUUAGUAUGUAUUUUGUGACUCACACCACACACUUGAUACUUAGACAUCUCAUACUAAUCUAUUGUGAUUUGUGAGACAUUUAAAUUACCUUUGAAAUACUAAGUCACUUGAAGUUUCAUAACAAGUUAGUUUUGAGACCGUUCUGGGAGUAGUACAAUAUGAACACCACAGAGAUAUUUUUGCAGUAUGAGUUUAGUUAAACUCAAAAGUAAAUCUUAUCUUAUCUUACUAAAAGAAAGCUCAUAUGAUAUUGAAUUUGACAAAUACCCCCUGUAAAGUUGUGUAGAUGCCUUGUUUUCAUCAUAAUAAUUAGAAAUAAUGAUGGGUUUAAAAUCUUAUCAGAAGGUGACAAACUGU